CUGGUGAGGCCUAGACUUCCGGUGGAGCCCGAGCUUCCGGUAGCUCGAGCGGCGGCGGUUGGAGGCUCCGUGUUUUUGUUCUCCUUCCCUUUCCCUCCCCCUUCACCCUGCCCCUGCCUCCGCUCGCAAAGAUGAUGUCGCUAGAUUUUCUCAACGAUGUGCGGCGGAUGAACAAGCGGCAGUUGUACUAUCAGGUCUUGAAUUUUGGUAUGAUCGUGUCUUCUGCACUGAUGAUCUGGAAAGGAUUAAUGGUUCUGACUGGAAGUGAAAGUCCGAUUGUAGUUGUACUCAGUGGGAGUAUGGAACCUGCCUUCCACAGAGGUGACCUUCUGUUCCUGACCAACCGCAUAGAAGAUCCCAUCCGAGUUGGUGAGAUUGUGGUUUUCAGAAUUGAAGGACGAGAAAUUCCAAUAGUACACAGAGUGCUGAAAAUUCAUGAGAAGGAAAAUGGAGACAUCAAGUUCUUGACGAAGGGUGACAACAAUUCUGUUGAUGACCGAGGCUUGUACAAACAGGGACAACACUGGCUAGAGAAGAAAGAUGUAGUGGGACGUGCACGUGGGUGAGUUUCAGAUUUGUUGAGU